AUGGAAACUGCUGUGGACCUCGUAGGAGAUGCUACCAAGUUUCACAAACCCGGUGAGAAUUACACUUCCCCCGGAUACGUAGUGACCACGUCCACUAUGCGACUUCUAAAGGAACACAUUGCCCAGACAAAAGGGAUGGUGGUCACUCGUUUCCCACCUGAACCUAAUGGCAUUCUUCAUAUUGGACAUGCAAAGGCAAUCAAUUUUAAUUUUGGAUAUGCCAAAAAAUUGGGUGGUAUUACCUACCUGCGGUAUGAUGACACUAACCCAGAAAAGGAGGAAGAAGAGUUCUUCCGCGCGAUCAAAGAAAUGGUACUUUGGCUUGGUUUCACUCCCUACAAGGUCACCCAUGCUUCGGACCACUUCGAUCAGCUGUACAAAUGGGCAAAAAAGUUGAUCAGACUUGAUCAAGCUUACGUUUGUCAUCAACGGCUAGAAGAAAUUCGUGGUUUCAAUCCCCCUCCCUCACCUUGGCGCGAUCGUCCGAUUGAAGAAUCACUGCAAUUGUUUGAAGAUAUGAAAAACGGAAAGAUUGAUGAGGGCUGUGCCACUCUUCGUAUGAAAAUCACUCUGGCAGACGGGAAAGUUGACCCGGUGGCCUAUCGAAUCAAAAUGCGACCUCACCAUCGCACUGGUUCCACAUGGUGCAUUUAUCCUACGUACGAUUACACGCACUGCCUGUGUGACUCGAUUGAGAAUAUAACUCACUCAUUGUGCACCAAGGAGUUCCAAUCUAGGCGUCCUGCCUACUACUGGCUUUGCAACGUCUUGGACGUGUAUUGCCCGGUUCAGUGGGAAUACGGUCGUUUGAACCUCAACUACAAUGUGGUAUCGAAGCGCAAGAUCCUCAAACUGAUCCAAUCCGGGAUCGUCUCGGACUGGGAUGACCCUCGACUCAUCACACUGACCGCCCUACGUCGGCGGGGUUUCCCGCCCCAGGCAAUCAAUAAUUUUUGCGAGCGUAUUGGGGUGACCAUGUCACAGACGAUUUUGGACCCGUCGGCUUUGGAAGCUUGUGUUCGGGAAUAUUUGAAUGAACACGCUCCUCGGGUAAUGGCCGUUCUGGAUCCACUUCGAGUCGUGAUCAGCAACUGGAACGAAUUGUACCCGAAUAUGACCAAGGGAGAGGUUGACGUUCCAGACUUCCCCGCCCUAUCAGACAGCAAAGUCCACAAGGCCUGCAUCAGUUCAGAGAUCUAUCUGGAUUCUUCAGACUUCCAAGAGUUUCCUGACAAAGGCUACCGUCGUCUAACGCCAGAUCAACCGGUCGGAUUACGGCAUGCUGGACUCGUGCUCCAAGUGCAAGAAGUGAAGAAAGAUCAGGCUGGCAAGGUGGUCGAACUGAUCACAACAGCCAAGACCGUUGAAAACGGCCCCAAACCAAAGGCAUUUAUUCAAUGGGUCUCGGAUCCUCUGCACUGUGAAGUUCGACUGUACGAUCGCCUCUUCACUGUCAAGGAUCCCGACAACGCCAAGGAUGGUUUCCUGUCAGUCAUCAAUCCGAACUCGCUCGUUGUCAUGCCCAAUGCCAUGGUGGAGCGGUAUUUGAAGGGCGCGUCCGUAUUCAGCACGUAUCAGUUCGAACGGAUCGGGUUCUUCGCUGUGGAUCCGGACACCAGUACGGAGCGGGGUUUGAUCCAAGAGCAGAACUAUCGUCGGCGUACCCUAUUUCCCAUGGACGAACACCCCGGGAGUAUUUUGAUCCCAAAGCUGUUAGAGCUGAACUACGAUUAUGUUUCCAUAGAGCGACUGCAACAAAUUCUACGUUGGACAAACUGGGAGAAAAUUAUGUACACGAAUAAAGGAACACAACGCGGCUGUCAGGAGACAUGA